AGCAGUCUUUUCCACGUAAUACGCGUUGAAAUAACCUCCUCGGUGCAGGCUGUUUAUAGCUUUGGUGGACUACUGAACCUGGAGCACCUGACACACGAUGGAGAGGGAAAUGACAGCAAACGCUUCUCAGUCUCUUACCUGUAAUAAUGGAAGUGAAAGGAUUGACCCCUAUGGCUUUGAGAGACAUCACGAUUUUGAAUCAUACAAGGAGAUGAUGAAUGAGUAUGUAGCCGUCCUCAACAGAAGGUCGAUGAGAUGGUCCAAGCUGUUGCAAGAGAAACCACACGUGGAGAAGAACUUGACAGUGAAAAGGUAUGUGCGUAAAGGUGUGCCUAAUGAGCACCGUGCCAGGAUUUGGAUGGCAGCUAGUGGGGCGCAGGAACGAAUGGAGAGCAAACCGGCUUAUUACCAGUCUCUGCUGGCCAUGGAGCAUGACGCCAAGCUGAAGGAAACCAUUCACAUAGACAUGCAUAGGACCUUUCCUGACAACGUCCUCUUCAAGAGCAGAGCAGAACCGAGCCUGCAGAGGGCUCUGUACAAUGUGCUGCUGGCCUACGGACACCAUAAUAAGGCAGUGGGGUACUGUCAGGGAAUGAACUUCAUUGCAGGUUAUCUCAUCAUCAUCACCAAAGAUGAAGAGAAGUCAUUCUGGCUCAUGGAUGCAUUGUUGGGCAGAAUGCUCCCAGACUACUACAGCCCGGCCAUGUUGGGCCUGAAGACUGACCAGGAGGUUCUUGGGGAACUGGUGAAGGCUAAAGCUCCGGCAGUAGGGCAGCUCAUGGCCCAGUAUCCCGGCAUAUGGACACUGGUGGUGUCACGCUGGUUCAUCUGCCUCUUCAUUGACGUACUCCCAAUUGAGACGGUCCUGCGGGUCUGGGAUUGUAUUUUCUACGAGGGCUCCAAGGUUCUUUUCCGUGUUGCUCUUACUCUCAUCAUUCACAACCAGCCGGAGAUCCUGAGAGCUCGCUCUUUGCCCGACGUGUGCGAGUGCUUCAAACAAAUCACCUGUGGAGCUUUCACUCUGGACUGUCACACCUUCAUGCAGAAAAUCUUUACAGAACCUGGCAGCCUGUCUAUGGCAACUAUUGAUAAACUGAGAGAGAAAUGCAGACAACGAAUACUGGAGGAAGAAUCUGGACAUCCGUAAAGGUUUGGGUCCACCUUCCCGCCGUUUGAUGGGGAUCAGGAACAAUUAACUACUACCAACAUGGGCAUACUGGUGGCUUCUUGGUUGCUUCUAUUAACUAAUCCAGAAGACUGACGGAUAUCUAAAGGAAGCUUCUCAACUGAUGUUUCAAGAUGUUUUUGAACUUCUUUUGCUCAUGGUCCCAUGUUUGAGGAUAUUUCUGCUACUAUAGAUACUUCAAGAUCAUCACACAACAAAAAAAAGUAUUUAAAGCUGUUUUUCUAUGGACUAUAGUAGCAUGACUUUGCUAUUGUAUGGGAGUGAUACAAUUUGUUUUUACUGCAGGGAAAAGAGAAUGAACGUCUCUUACGCUGCAACGCUGAUCUAACGGUCCAUUGCUCUUUAUGAAGUAAAAUGAGAUAUUUAAAGUUCGCUGGGUCCUCAUUUACAGAACCUUGUGUGUAACUUUUUAUUGUUAACAGAAACCUUAUGAUGGGCCUAAUCUUUUUCCUGAUUUAGCUUACCUCAAAAAUGGUUCUGCCAAACAAAGGUACAGGGAAGUGUUAACUUCAGUGUUAAUAUGAUAGUCCUAAACAAUAGUUCACUCAGGGGCCCUAAACCUGUGGCUCUAUACUAUAUUUAGGCAUCCCCCAGGACUGCUGAGUCAUAAAACAAUCGACUAAACUGUGACAAUAAUGUCUCAGAAAGACAAAGAAGACAAUAGUUCUCAUUAGCAUAUUUGUUAAAUUAUGGUAAUAAUGCAUCGUACAUUAUUAAGUUAUUUGGUGUAAUACAUGAAAGCCAAAUAAACAACUUAACAUAUUCUAAUAUGAGGUAACAUCAGUAAACAGACCCCCCAACAUAGACAUGUAAAACAACCCCAAGGCCCCCAACUCCUCCUAAGAAAACGUCUGUAGUCAUUGUCUGUUUUUACCCAUUUGCUUUCUUUUGUAGUCAUUUUGUGUCUCGUAAUCAUUUUGCAUCUGUGAUCGCUUAUUUUAAUUUUUCAUUAUCGCUUUAACACCUUCUGGCUCUGGUAGGGGGGGGGGGACUCAGGUGUGGAGA